AGAAUUAACAAACCGUCAACCUCCCAGAUGAAGGCUCUCUUAUUCGUUACAGAGAUCGAUAUGCGAGAGUUUGAGUCAGUCAUGACGGUUGAGAACAAAGUAAUUCGUCUGAGAAUAUAUUGCGGCUGUACAUACCUCUUUACCUUUUUGCCCCUGUCAGUCUUCAUCCAUGGCGGCAUAUGUACAGGACUGCAUCAUGCUUUUUGGUGAUUCUAUUACUCAGGGCGCCUGGGAGGAAGGAGGAUUCAGCCAACGCCUGUCUCAUGUAUACGCGCGAAAGCUAGAUAUUCUGAACAGAGGAUUGUCUGGAUAUAACACGGAAUGGGCUAUCCCAGUAUUUGAACAGUGCUUCGCCAAACAACACGAGCAAGGACAUGUUCCCAAAGUUCGUAUCCUCACCAUCUGGUUUGGUGCCAAUGACGCUUGUAUCAAACCAUCCCCUCAACAUGUCCCGCUUGAAAAAUUCACCUCCAAUAUCAAGCAUCUGAUAGACCUGGUGCAUUCCAGCAGAUCGCCCCAUUAUUCGCCUGAUACCCGAAUUAUUCUUAUCACCCCUCCACCGGUGAAUACUCAUCAACGGAUGGCUGAUCUACAGUCCAGAUCAACGCCUUUGGCACUUGAUCGUUUGUUCGAAACGACCAAGCAAUAUGCUCAGGCGGUGAUAGAUGUCGGAAGAGAAGCCACUAUACCUGUCGUGGAUGUUUGGGCGGCGCUCUGGAAUGCUUCAGGUCAAGAUGAAGCGGCGCUGAGCAAAUUCUUGUCUGAUGGUCUCCAUUUGAACCGAGACGGAUAUUCGAUCAUGUAUGAGCUCCUGAUAGAUACGAUUGCGACAAAUAUGCCAGAGCUCCACUACAACAAUCUUCAAUCUGUUUUUGUGCCCUGGGCUGAGAUCAAUUGGACGGCGCCAGGGCUCACGUUGAUGAAGCGAAAGGCCGAGGUGUUGUAAUUGAAAUACCAGGAAUGCGUGUGUAAAAGUAGACAAGCAUUUGCUGCCAACAGACAAGACGGGUGCCGGGAGGUCGGGCCGAUGACUUCACGGUCACGUGUAAAAUGAACAUCGUCAAACUCGCGUAAACAGAGAAAGGCUUGGCGUUUCACCAUUUCUCGGGUCAGGGAUAUCGCGACAUUGCUACGUAUACGUUGGAGGGCUUCAAGUCGACGGCUCUAGCUUGCCUGUCUUUCGUUCAUAUAUCAGCGGGAAGUUUCAGGACCCACAAGUGUCCAUAUUAGCCUGGUUUGCUUUUCCUUCCGUGACCA